AUGGUCAAUGGUAAAUGCUGGAUGCUAAUCAAUAACAGUUCGAUUCGAUCAGAUGCCGAUAAAAUAUGUAAAACAUAUAAUGGAGCCACUCUCGUGUCGAUUCGAAACACUGAUGAAAAUCAAGCGUUGACUGACUUUAUUAAAAAUGAAAACAUCAACACUCUAUGGACUGGGUUAUAUUGUUUUGGAGAAACAAAUAUCACUGCAUGCAUUUGGGAUAUUCAAGCGGGAUCAGCUGCUAAUUACAGUAGUUUCAAAGUGGGUUAUCCGGAUGCUGAUUACGGUAGAUGUGUAUUUUAUAUAGGAAAUGGAACUGAUAUUGGACAGUGGGAAAAUGAAGAAUGUGGCGAAACAAUGCCGUUUGUUUGUGAGUUGCCUCCGACAGUACAUGCUAUUGGAGGAUUUGCUUCUUCAAAGGAUUAUAUGAUAUGGAUGGAUGGAUCUCCGACUGAUUACAACAAUAUUCAAUUCUCCUAUGCAGGUUCAUGUGUCAUCAUGGCAGCUGGAACUACAGAUACUGGAUACUGGUACACACGUCCAUACCUCUCUACUUCUCCGAGUGCAUUCGAAAAGACGACGGAAAUGAGUUCAAAAUCUGAAACUACGACAGAAAUUGAAGAUUCGACCACAACAACAAGCGUCACACCUCCUGAUUUAUCCACGACAGUAGACCCUCGGAAUCAAACCUGUACAAAUCAUUUCACACUUAUAAAUGGGAAAUGCUGGAGAAUGUUCAACUUGACUCAUUCGAGAACAAGUGCUGAUGGAAUUUGCUUUUUGCAUAACGGAGCAACUCUUGUUUCAAUAAAGCGUGCAAACGAGAACCGUGCGUUGGUCGACUUUGUGAAAAAUGAGCAUCUCGAUACGGUUUGGACUGGAUUGUUAUGUAAUAACGGAACAAAUAUAACCUCGUGUAUUUGGGAUAUUCAAGCAGGAACAGCAGCACGAUACAGUAAUUUUGAAGCAGGAUAUCCGGAUGUCACUUACGGUGGAUGCGUGUAUUUCACAGCUUCCGGAAAAGCUAUUGGUCAAUGGGGAAGUGCUCAAUGUAGUCAGAGUAUGGCAUUCGUCUGUGAACUACCUCCGACAGUGUUUGACGAAACGUGUAUUUUCAACUAUAAUGAGAACUGUUACACUCGUUUUGACAACUACUGGAGUUUUAGUGGAGCACAAAGAGAAUGCGAGUCAAGAUGUUCGAAUCUCGUUUCAAUUCAUUCUGCAAACGAGAUGCGAUUCAUUCAAACAAUCUACAGUGAUGUGCAGUCGGCAUUUAUACGAAUUGGAGGAAUUGCAAUGUCUCAAGAUUUCUUAAUUUGGACUGAUGGGUCACCUGGAGAUUUCGAAAAUAUACAGUAUUUCCAACCUGGUUCUUGUAUUAUAAUGGCAACAGGAACCUCGAAAUCUGGAUAUUGGUAUACUCAUCCAUGUGACCAAGGUUAUGUGUAUUUAUGUGAACAGCCUGCUGGCGUUCAUUGUUAA